AUGCCGGACCGAGCCUCCUCCUUACGCGGUGGGACGGUGGAGACAGCACGGCAUCUGCUCACCUUCAUCGUCGGCUCAACCCACGUCGUCACCUUUCGUCUCCUCUGGCUUGCCUUCUUGUUCUACGGUGAACGCGCUGUCUUUCACAAUGCAGCCAACAGCUGCGCGUGGCCCGCUUCACCCUCCAAAGCAUGGCCUGUGCAGCCAGCCGUUCACGUGCUGCUCGUGACGGAUCCACAGAUCAUCGACAAAGACACAUAUCCCGACUUGCCGCUACCGAGCUUAUUCUUUCCCAUUGUACGGCACUUCUCCGACAACUAUCUCAAGAAUGUAUGGACGAGUCUGGCCGUCAACCCGAACAAAUGGUUUGAUCGAGGCUACAUUCUUCCACCGGAUCAGGAAGCACUACGCAGGUCGAAUUGGAGAAGUGGGCUGGUGCAGCCACCAGAUGGCGUGGUUUGGAUGGGCGACCUGACCGAUGGCGGACGACGCGGAGGAUCCGAUGCCGAGUGGGCGGCGUUGGUGCAUCGAUUUCAUAACAUCUUUUGGAGACCAAGAGAAGCUGAUUGGGAAGCACCGAAAUCGACCCUCAGCACCACAAGGCAAUUGAUCGUACCUCGAGCCUCGGCUGCCGAGUUCAUUCCGACAUUCUACCUUUCCGGAAACCACGACAUUGGUCUGCCCGGCACAACCGCUGGGCACAGGGUCGACACCUCGGCAAGCGAAGAUGCGAUCGAGCGAUUCAACAGGGACUUUGGCCUGAGGAUAGACGGAGGUGGAUUUGUUGUCAAGGAUCGAAACCCCUUCGUGCGAGCGAGCCUCAAUGGCCGUAUUCUUGUCUCUACUGAUGCGACGCUUGGCGCCACACACGAGCUAGUCCUCGUCAAUGCGCAGGAUCUCGUCGGUAUGGAGCGCGAAGGCGGUGGACCGUUCGAUACGCACCUUAGCUCGGAUCAUCCGGGCAAGCUCGACGGUCGACUCGGGGAUACUGCGCAUAGCGCGUACAAGGAGACAUACGACUUUGUAGAGUCAGUCAAAUCAGGUGGUAUCCGCGUUCCUCGCGUGCUUCUCAGUCACGUUCCAUUGCACAGACCGCCAGGGACGACCUGCAAUGAUGCGGAAAGGUCAUCAAAGCAUGGAGUGUAUCGCGAAUCCAGCCGACCUCUGCAUCAGGGCACGGAUCGAGGCUCGACGUAUCAGAACAUGGUAUCGUCCUCGGUGACCGAUUGGGUGGUCAGCUCAAUCGACCCCAUGGCUGUCUUCAGCGGCGACGAUCACGAUCAUUGCGAGUAUCGCCAUACGAGGCUAGAAAGCAACACGUCCGUAUCGAACAGCGUAGACGGCUUCAGAGUCGGCGAGAUCCCAGAACUGACUGUAAAGUCGGUCUCGAUGACCGAGGGUGUGCGUCGCCCAGGUUUUGCUCGUCUCAGCCUCUUGACACCGCCUUCUACCUCCAUGGCGCAGUCCAACGCACCACCUUACGUCGCAAUGGCGUACACACCAUGUCUGCUACCCGAUCAGAUCGGCAUCUGGACCGGCCUCUAUCUGCCAUUUUUCAUCGCCACACUAGUUGGACUAUGGCUCUGGCCUCGCUUCUUCCAUUCACGCAGAGAUACGCAGGGGUAUCUGCCGCUCAAUCAUCAGCGCAAGAGGGACGACGAUGAUGAUCCUCCGCCUUCGAGCGAGCGGAGUUACGGUAGGUCGUUGUCGGGCACAGCGGCCUCGAAUGGGUGGAAGCGGGAUGUUGUGGCGGUUGCGAUCGUAGCUUUGCCGUUUUGGGUCUUUUGUCAAACGCAUUUCCUCUUCUAA